AUGGGAGAAGAUUUCAAGGGCAAAGAUUCUUUUUUUUGCAUAGAUAAAACUGCCGUAGAAGCUGCUGGAUACGUCAAGGCCCAAACCAAUUGGGAAGGCAAAGACAUAACCUUUCAUCCAAACAGCUCUGGAAGGUUCGAGGUGAUAGAGAUGGCAAGAGAAGCAAACUUUAAUCCCAUCGAGGAAUACAGAUGGGCCGAUGAUUACAGUGGAAUACAUAACAUUUAUGGUGAUGGAAGUAGUGGUAGUGGAUAUGAUGGAAGUGUUGUAAGGCGGGUGAAAUCAUAG